AUGAUUCCAUCCUUAGGACAAAGUAAAACUCCUACAAUCUACAAAGUGAUCUACAAGACUAUUGAUGAAAGGAUCGAAAAGAGAGCCAAGAACGCAACAGAAGGUGCUCAGCCUCAAGAACCAACGGACUUCAUAGAUCUCUUCCUAGACGCUAGAGCUGAGGAGGACUUCAACAAUAGUAUGGAGUUCUCAAAAUCUGGAAUGCAGUUUUCAAAACAUCUCACCCGGGACGAAAUCGCUGCUCAGUGUUUCGUGUUCCUCUUAGGAGGGUUCGACACUACUGCCACUUCACUGGCAAUAGUCAGCUAUUUAUUGGCGAAAAAUCCUAAUGCUCAGAAGGUUCUUCAAGAGGAGAUUGAUCAGUGCUGCACCGACGAGUCAAUCAACUACGAAACCAUAGCAAAUAUGAAGUAUCUCGACUCCGUCAUGAAGGAGUCCCUGCGGAUGUAUCCACUCGCCCAAAUAGCUAAUGCGCGUCGCUGUAUGAAAGCGACCACUCUUGGAGGAAUACCCAUUGAAGAAGGAGAAUUCGUGGUUGCUGAUACCAUGUCUCUUCAUUACGACAAAGAAAUCUGGGGAAACGACGCCGACGUAUUUCGACCAGAAAGGUGGAUGGAGUCGUCAGGAAGGCCACUAGCGGCGUUCUUGGCUUUCGGACUUGGUCCAAGGCAAUGUAUCGGGAUGCGACUCGCUCACAUGGAGGAGAAACUCUUACUCGCACACCUUCUCAAACGAUACAAUCUCGUUGCGACCGAAGAUACUGAGGAGAACAUAGCUCUCAGAGGUUCGAUAACGUUCGCUCCGGAAACAAUCACGGUUCAACUACAAAGAAGAGAACACCCAUGA